UCCAACAUGGCGAACUUGCGUCCGUUGCAACCGCAUACAAACUAAUUUCUACAGGAAAGCUUUAUAAUUUGCAUUCAAACUGACGUUGCAAAGCGACAGUUAUGUAGCAGAAUGAACUCUUUUCGUUGAUGGACAAAAGGGAUGUAUUCAGGGUAUCCCAGUGGACAAGGUACUGAUAUACCCUGCUUUGACACCUGAUUCUGUCGAUGGCUCUCACACAGGAUACCCUGUGUUACAGGCUACAAAACAUGAAUUCUGACUUUGGUGUGCGGCCUGGUAGUGCCCUGGCCAGAGGUGUGCAGAUAACCGAGUUUAAAGAUACAAGAAUAAACCCAGAGCCCAUAAUACUAGAGGACAGUGACGUUCUUCUGGAGCAGUACCUCUCCCCCGGCAAACUGAAGCUACUGACUGGGGUACAGAAUCUAGAGGUAGUGAGUAGUCUGCAACUGAAGGUUGACACAUCAGACACAAGCCUUGGGAACUUUGGAUCAUUACUACCCAACCUAUCCCAGCUACGACUUUCCAACAGUGUUAUACCCUGUAUCAGGGAUUUGGGGUCAUCGUUACGGUUUGUUAAAGUGCUGUGGAUGUCUCGUUGUUCCCUGGUUGAACUUGACGGUGUAUCCUCCAUGAGCAGUCUCAAGGAACUAUAUUUAUCCUAUAAUGAAAUUUCAGACAUCAGCCCACUUAGUAUGUUAGACAAACUUCAAAUACUAGACUUAGAAGGGAAUAAUCUAGAUGACAUAUCACAAAUACAGUAUCUGUCCUUCUGCCUGAAAUUGACGAAUCUCACAUUAGAAGCAAACCCACUUUGUGUUCAACCUGCACCAGACAGAGAGGAUGAGAACUAUGACUACAGACAAGAGGUGAAGAAGGGGAUCCCUCACCUGGUCUGUUUAGAUGAUGAACCCUUAUCAAUGGAACCGUCAAGUAAAACAAAAAAUGUGUUUGAUGCUGACUGGGCAUUUUUGGAGGAUUUACACAAUGAUUUGGGACUGACAGGCUCAAUGGAGAGUUUGGGAACCUCUGAUGGAGGGGCCCCUUCAGAUGGCAGUCGGCCAAGCAGUGCCUCUUUGCGUCCUUCCACAGCCUUCAGACCUGGCAGUGCAUUGAGGCCAUCAUCAGGAUUCCGUCCUCUCACAGGGUCAAGACGUCCUGCUACCACAUCAGGAAGUUUACGGCCAGCCACAGCACGACCUAGCACUGGCACAGUCAGUAACACUAAUACAACAGAUGUCCGGACAGAAGAAGCAUCAAGUGAUUUGACUUUGGGGAAGGUCAUCUGUGGAAAUCCCUCCAAAGCCUUGCUGUCACGGCGACGGAUCACAGGACCAGAAAACAAGGAGGCUACUGCUCCAAAAAUGUUCCCCCAGUUCCAACAUCAGCCCGAGCACACCUAUGAUCUACCUCCAGAGGAUGAUAGAGAGAGAUCAGAAAUAACCUUAGAAUUACAAGCUUGGAAAAAAGAUCAUGAACAGCGGAUGAUCAAAAUCCAGGAGACAAAAGCACCCCAGGUUUUAAUUGUGGACCACGACGACGCCAUCAGUCUGUCUGGGGAGGAAAUCACAUCCGACGAGGAUGAGGAAAUUGAUGAUGACCUUGGGUUCUCUCCUCUUGAUGCAGACACAACAGAAGAGGACCACAGAUCAAUAAAUCACAAAAUGGUUGUGGAGCGCCUGCACAACAAACAGCCAGCAAAUUACCAGGAUAUAACGGGUAGUGACCAUGGCAGGUCAGUUCUGGACAGACAGGAAACCAGACAGUUGUCAGAAAGUGAUGGUGCCCGCCCAAAGUCAAAAGGCUUUGUGCGGCCUGCUCCUCCUUCCCAGCCGAUAACUGGUGUGCGGGGAAACAGUCCUGUGCGGGGUGUACUAAGGGUGAAUAACUCAGGACUUCCCCGACCUCCUGUGCAUGCCAUGUCUACAGAGGGACCGAGCCCUCCAACAUCUGCGUCAGGUCCUAGCAGUAUCCGGAGGAAAUAUGAUCGCAGCAAUAUCUACUCUGAGGCUGUUCAGCCUGUGAUUAGAGGCACCUCGGCAGCAGAGAGGCCCCUCCCCCCUAGUCGACCAUUCACUGCCAAUGCCGUUCUUCAACCCUCACUGCCAUCCACACAACAAAGAAUUCGCCGUACCCUUCCAUCCGUACCCAGCCUACCCUCUCGCCCACCGGUUCCUAAAUAGCCAAAACAAUUUUACUCCAACAUGACUUGUAUUUUAGUACAGCUGCUUAAAUUUCAUAUCAUAAUGAUAGAAAAUUUACUGUACAUGUACUUUGAAUUACUCCUCUCCUGAAGUGUUGACUUGCCAUUCUCAUAAAUCAUAAACUUUUGGGAUAGUUUGAUAGAGAUGGUUUCUAGGCCAGCACUGUAUUUAGACAACGUUAUUUGUGGAGAGGGUACAAGCAGAUUGUGAUAUGAAGUAGAUUGAGCUGGGAUGACGUGCCUGUGAUUUACUUGAGUUCUACAAAGCUUCAUGAUUUGGACGGUAGUGUCAACUGCUUACUGACGCUUAGAAGUAAUGUGGGGACUCGCAUUUUAUGAUAAUGUCGCAAAUUAAUGCUAGUUUUUGUGCAACUUGAGGUAAUUUCAUCCGAUAUCUGUAUGGAUAUAUAUGACAAGGCAAACAAUAUGAGGUGGAUAAUUCCUAAACCUACCGGACAUGCUGGUUUCGAGUAUUCUCCGGUAUUACUGGGUACUUGUGUUACUGCUGACGUGAACCUGUAAGCCAAAUGGUUAGAAAUUCCUGUGAUUAUUGCUACAUAACUGGCACUGCAUUUUGGAUUUAUUUCAGGAAUCUGCUACAAAACGGACACAUAGUAUUAGAUUUGAUUUGGUCACUUAUUCCAGGAAUCUGCUACAAAACGGACACAUAGUAUGUGAUUUGAUUUGGUGACUUUUGUCUGGAGGAACUUGGUGACUGCAUGAUUAUGACCAGUGAUUUUAAAGUAUCUUUCAAUUGAAUUCCAAAAUAAUUAAAUUCUUCAUGUAAACACCAAGAAUAGAUUACUGUAAUUGAGAGUGAUGCUGAACAUGGUAUAAGAUUGUGUGAUAAAGAUAAUAUACAUAAAAGUGUAUAGGAUACAGACGACAUACCUAUGUCACAUAGCCAAUAUAUAUAUAAGUAAUAGACUCUUCGACUUUAACUGUGGUUAACUAUAUUGUUGGAUGGCAAAUCCCAAAAUUUGCAUGUCAAUAUGUAACUGACAUCACAUUGUGGAACUUUGUAGUUCUGUGUGUAUUGUUGGGGCACUGACUCUGACAUGCAGUUUUGGGGUUAAAACCAAUGUCUUAUUUCUACAGUUAAAGUAAGGAGUUUGACUGCAUUUCUUCAUCUGACAUUGAGAUAGCACAUCAAACAGGUUUAUUGUACCCUCUAAUACAGCCACACCUAUACAAAGUCAGAUCAAGUCAGGCUAUAUAUCAUCCUAUAACAGUUUUUGUUCUUAAUGUUUUUGUUUUUGUAAAAACCAAAAUAGAACAAAUAUGAUGGACACAAUAAUAUUAUAAAAUGUAAAAUAAAU